AUGGAUGGAGAGUUAUUGUAUGAAGCAUGGGAGAGAUACAAAGCUUUACUCAUGAAGACAGCUGAAGAGGCCCAAAACCUCAUACAUAUGGUGGCAAACAAUCAAUAUUUCUUUACUCAUCAGAGACAACGCCAGCCAUCACAAAGGAAAGGAGUAUUGGAAUUUGAAGGUGUUGACACUAUCUUGGCACAAACCAAACAGAUGCACCAACAACUUCAGCAACAAAUGGAGAUUAUGGACAAGAAAAUUGAUGGACUGCAAAGUGCUGCAGUGAACACACAAAGCCAACCUCAAACCGCACAUAGGUGGAAUAAAUCAGAAGAAAGUCUUGGGACAUUCAAUUAUGAGAAACAAUGCCCUGAGCAGGCGCAAUACAUGAACAACACCUCAAGUUCAUUCCAACACAACUUCCAUGGUGAUGCACACAAAGCACCCUGGAAGACUCAUUCUAAUUCAAGGUGGGGUGAGCAUCAGAAUCAAGGACAAAGGGACUCCAACUCUGAUAGCCUCAGCAACACAAACAACCAAAGCUAUUCAUCCAAUAAUAUUAACCAAUUCAAAAACCCACAGAACACACACUACCAAUCCCAUAACAACUCACAAAACCACCAGAAUAACUCUUCCACAUCCACAUUCCACCCACAAAAUAACUCCACAAAUAGUUCAAACAACUUCCAGCCACAACCAUCUCACUUUACACAACCACAACCAAAUCCAGACACUCAAAGAAUCUCUAGUAUGGAGAUGAUGAUGGAGAAACUCAUAAGAAAUCAAGAAGCAGCAAGAAAAGAUCAAGAGAUGGCAAGCAAAGACCAACAAGCUUCAAUCAGAAAUCUUGAGAGGCAUAUGGAGCAAAUGGAUAAACAAAUUGUAGAGAUGGGUGAGAAGCAAUCAAAUGCAUCCCCUAGUGCCACUCGAGACCACCCAAGGGACAAGGGAAAAGCUACAAAGUGA